AUGAAGCCUCUCCGGUACUAUCAGUUCAUCGAGAAGGAUACCAGUGAAAUUAGCAUCGUUUGGAAAGUCUUGCACGCGACCAUCUUCUGCCUGAUAGCAGUGAACUCUUGCAUCUGCGUUUAUGGUUUCAUAGACAUCUUCGACAUAUUCAACUACAACUGCAUACUCUAUGGCAAACCAUACUUCACCUACGACAACUACAUGAGGACAGACGUCAAAAGGGCAACCACAGCAAGUCCAAAUGCAACAGAUACCACCGCAACCAAUACGAUCGCAGACCAUUCUACAACACCAGCUACAACAGUCACACCGCAAGCACUUAUUUUGGCUCUCGAAGAAAGUGAUACUACUGAGGUGUCUGUCACUACGACAAAUGCUACAAAUACUACUGAAAUAGACCCUUACGAGAGGGUAGACGAAGUCCCAGAUGCAGCUCCAGCUAAUGUGUCUCUAAAACCUGACCUAAACUCCUCCAUAGCGAUUCCAAACACCGACAAUUUGUACGUUUAUGAUGAUGAAAUUUGGGUAGUAACAGACUAUAUGUGGGGAAAGAUAAUCAUCGUCGUGUACAAAAGCGUUUUUUCUACAGUGCUAAUGUGCGACUAUGUGAUCUUCAUCCCUAUGUUGAGCAUGGUUGUAUCAUCAGUGUUUGCUGGAGUCGUGAUGGUGUGCGGUAGAGGGGGUAGAGGAUAUUCUUCCGACACAAUUCCCGGAGCUUGGAUAGUCGUGUACCCUAUAAUAAUAGGUUCUGGAGUAAUGUUUAUACUCAGCCUGAAUGCCAAUACUGUAGUUAAUAAUGGCCUCAGAGAUUUUUGCGGGAGACUCUCAGAAUAUACUGGGACUAGGAGUUGCAGUGUGUACGUUGACUACCUCACCAAGCAACAAAAAGCAGGAAAAAGAGAAUUCUACAGAAGUUACCAAAUGUGCUACAUCACAUACAAAAUCCAAGUAGCACUAUGGCUGGCCCAACUGGUGUUGGGUUUGCUGAGGAUACUGCUGUUCACAGAUUUUGAUUUCUACAGUGUGUUAGUGAAAAGGAAGGAUGAUGAUAGUUCAGCUGCUGCAGCGGAAGAACUCUGGGACCCAAGUAAGAUUCCCAAACUAGCAAUGCUGGUACAGCAAGCUCAAGAACAAAAGCAGAAAGGGAAGAAGUGAACAAAGAUAUGUCUCAAUGUGUGUAGAAUAUGGAUCAGCAUUCAAGGAAAAAAACUUGAAAACGGAGUUACUGCAAGAUAAAAAAUAUUCAAGCUUUGUAUACUCGGCAAUGAGCUGCGAAGUAUCAAGUUUCAAUUUUCUUCUUCAACUUUUUUCCGAAGCAUGAUCAAUAAAGAUGAUCAGGUAACCACAUAAGUUCAUGAGGUUUUUAGUAGAAAAAUAUACCUUUUUAAUGAGAAACAAUAAGAUACUAUUUAUUCGUCGAAUUACCAUCACAUUCAAUGACCUUUUGCCAACGUGGAACCAAUUUUUGAAUGCCGGUAUUGUAGAACUCCCUGGAUUUGGCGGACUGCAUUUAUUACGCCAUCUCGAGUUGUGAACUGUCGGUGCCUCAUACAGUUGUCAAGAGACAAAAAAAAGGUGAUAAUCACUGGGCGAAAUGUCGGAAGGAUAUGGCGGGUGCGGUAACGUUUCCCAGCCGAGUUCAGAAUUUUUUCUCGGGUCACUUUUGCGGUAUGAGGCUUGGCGUUAUCCAGCAAGAAUAUCACUUUCUUCCGAUUGAUCAAAGAAGGCUGUUUCUGGAUGAGUACUGCUUGUACUCGUUGAAGCUGCUCACAAUAGAAGUUAGCAGUGAUGGUUUGACCCCUUUCCAAAAACUCAGAAUGGACAAUUCCAGUUGCUGUCCACCAAACAUACAACAAAACAUUGUUUGGGUGCAAGGAAGCCUUGUGCGUGUGUGGUACCGAAUCAGUAGGCGACAACCAAUGAUACGAACGCUUAGAAUUCGAAUACAAGAUCCAUUUUUCGUCGCAGGUUAAUAACAGAAUAAGAAAUGGUUCAUUCGUUGCAUGAAAUGUUUGCUGAACAAAUGGUAAGACGACUUAAUCAAUUGUCAGUGCGACCCAUUUGCUUAACAUCCACGUCUUUCCUAGCUGAUGAAGAUGCAAACGAAUAGUUUCAGGACUGACUCUGAACAUUUAUGCAAGUUAUUGGCAUGUUGUUCUGCAAUUUGCGUCCACAACCUGUCGAAGAUCCUCGUUGUUCAUGAUUUUUUAUCUCCCUGAGCGCGCUUCAUCGCUCAAACUAAGAUCUCUCGGAGAAAAUUUUUUGAACCACUUCUGUGCUAUUCGAUCAUUAACGGCAUCAUCUCCGAAUGCGGUAUAUGUUUUUCGCGCUGCCGCAGCAGCUUUUGUACCAAUUUUGUACUCAUGUAGUACACAACUUCGAAUUACUGUUUUACUCGUCGCCAUUUUCAAUUAUUAAAACUAGGUAUGUAACAAUUUUCAGCUACUUUUUAUGUGUGUGAGAAAAGAAGGAUUCAUACUAAAGUGACAAUAGGUGUCGAUCAACAACGUCCAUGGCCAUGUGCGAUAUACAGCAACUGCACGAACUUAUUUGGUUACCUGAUAUUUCUACGUUCGACCCUCUUUGCAACAAUACAUAAAAUAAAGCCUUUGAUCCUAUUUUUUCAUACCCCCAUACAACAAAAAAAAAUCCUGGAUCAUUUUUGUUUGAGGCGCUUUUGUAAUAAAAUACAUUUUGUAUUUAUUUGUAAUAAUUUAUUAAUAAAAAAUACCGUUAU